AUGGACUCCAGCACAGGGGAGAUUGAUGUCACUGGAGAGGAGGCAACAGGAGGGAAGAAGUCCAAGUUUAAGAGUCUGAAGACACGUCUGUUUGGGAAGCUGAAGAAGAAAGAGACGGCGGGAGAGAUAAAACAAAGCCAGUCGGCAAGCGAUGUUACUGCCCCAGAUGGAGAGAGAGGAGAGAGUGACUCAGAAGAUGAGUGCAUGUACCCGCAAGGGACACUAGGCUCGAGGGCGCUGUCCCACGACAGCAUCUUCCUCGCUGAUCAGCCCCAGUCUUCACAGCCAACACGAGUCCUGUCCAAUGAAAAUGUCCACAGCAAAAUCAAAGCCCUGCAGUUGAAGUUGCAGCAACAGAACAUGAGGCUUGGACCUCCUCCUCUGGUGAUCCCCAUUAAACGCGUCGAGGACCCGGGAGCGACCUCUGAGGACGACGGUUUGCCGUGCAGUCCUCCAGAGAUGUCCCUCAGCGAGGCAGCAGUGCAGCUUCCCGCCUACAGGUGCCAUAAUACUCGAAACCAUCUCAGUUCUUUGAGUUUAGCAGGGACAGGAAGUGAAGAGGAGGAGCAGGUUUCCUCCCAGCCCCCUUCAAGGCCUCUCUCUCCGGUUUCACGGCUAUCGCCUCAGCCUGUCACCGCACCCCUGAAAAUUUCAUCUACUCCCUCAGAUGCAGUGGACUUAAGUAGUCCCCCACAGUUUAUGACCCGCCUGGACAACUCUGCCGCCCGUCACCGUCUGUCCAUUAAGCCCAAGAACCAGCGAGCCGGAACCAAUGCAAGAAAACUCACUAAGAGUGGAUACAGACCUCGCUCUGAGAGCAUGACCGAUAUGGAGCUGACCCUGUCUGAGAGUGAGGAGGUCGCAGAGAGUAACACCUCCAAAGAUAGUGUCCGUUCUCGCUCCUUCUCUAGUCAGGUCAUAAAGCUUUCAGAGAGCCAAGAAUCUUUAAACCUUGAAGAUCUUCCUCCCACCACAUCCCAGCCGGACCCAAAGGAAACAUCUCGGAGCUCUGAGAUGCUACAAGUUGAAGAUAAUGACACUCCAAGCCUAGAUGAGGUCAUCAAAUCUGAAGAUUGUAUCACUGCCGAUCAGGUCUCUCUCAAGCCCACGCUUGAUAUCUCAGUUCCUUCUGAUGAUAAUGUGUCCACCUCCCUUAUAACAAUUUCACCCGAGCUUCCAGAACUCUCAUGCCUGGAGGACUCUGUUGUAAUAGAAUCUUCCAGCACUCAAACGUUCAGUCAACCUCAAGACACAACUCGAAACCAAGAACUUGUGGUUGAUAAUGAUCAAGAUUUUUCAGUCAUCGCUAACCCAGAAUUUACGCCUGUAAACCCUGUGAAAGAGUCAGAUAGCACAGAGAGUGAAGAGAUUGUGAAACCGAGGCUGGUGGAGAAUGUGAGCUUGGUUUCCACAGACGAAAAAGGUAUGGCAGAGCAGGCUGCUCCCAAACCAGAGGUCACACCCAGACCCCAACCUGUACCAGCUCCUCGGACCAAAAAGCCAUCAGGGUUAAACAGAAGUAUCUCGACUCUGAAAGAAAGCACCGUACCACCACCGGUGGAGGCUGAAAAGGAACUGCCUGUAGUUGCUGAAAAAGCAACUUAUUCUGCUCCGGCCCUUAAAAUCUCAGCAUCUCUGAGACAAAAGGAAGACUCACAUCAGGGAGUUCGAGAAGAUGUUAAACCUCAGAGACCCAAUUCAGGAUCUUUCCGCUUCUCCGUUGCAUCAGCCAAAUAUCGCUUGAAGACAGGCAGCAAGCAAAUUACAGAACAAGACAACGGGAAAAUGAGUGAAUUGGAUGUGGCAAAGAUGCCAUCCAGUGAUCAGGACCCGAAGCAAGACCCGCACAAAUUGGAGGAGGAUGUUAAAGUUCACAGACAUCAGUCCUCGUAUCAAGAGAAGAGGAGCAGCUUGAAGAGAGAAGUGACAUCCCACAAUAUAACCAAAACAACAGGAGGAACAACAGAGGAAGGGGCAGAGGGAGCAGCAGAGCAAGAAAAGAAAGAGAAAACGGAGGGCGAAGAGGACAGGAAAGGUGCUUUUGGGGUGAAACUUCGCAACACGUCCUUGUCGCUGAAGUACCGUUCAGAAAAAGCCAAAACGGAGGCCAAAACCAAGCGCCACAGUUUGGAGGCCCAAAACGUCCCAGCGGUCUCUGAACGUGAUAAACCUACGCUUGUUGAGAUCUCACAGACCUCCACAGAAAAGAAUGAGAGCAGUGCUAGAUUUGACCUCCAAACAAAACCUUCUCUGCCCAGAAAACCCAAACCACAGAGUUCCAACGUGCCUCCCACCCCCGCGGUCACGCCCGUUCAGACCACUGAGCAAACAGCUCUCAAACGCGGAGCUCCAACUGCCAAAUCGGAGAUCCCACCUUUAUCACUGUCAUCAUCAUCAUCGUCGUCAUCAUCAACACCAUCAUCUUUUUCUUCAUCGCUUUCUCAACAUCAGUCAGAUUCGAGCAGGAGUCAACCGUCGUGGAUGGAACUUGCCAAAAGGAAGUCUUUAGCCUGGAGCGAUAAGAGCAUGGACUGA